AACCAUUUAAUUCAUAUUUGGAGGUUUUAUUCAAAAUAGCGCAUGCCAUUGGAGCACUAGAGAAGCCACGUUGAUUCUAACCUAGUUUUGUUUUAAUUUUUAAAGUGUUGCAUUCCUUCAAUAAAUAUUAGUUUUAUAUACAAUUAUCAUGGCUAAAAUCGUGAAACAAAUUGGCGAAUACAAAUUAGGUGAUUUGAUUAUCGAAGGCAAAACGAAGCAAGUUUAUGAUCUUCCAUCUGAACCUGGACAUUGUAUUCUGCUGAGCAAGGACAAAAUUACUGCAGGAGAUGGUGUUAAAAAGCACGAUCUGAAAGGCAAAGCCGAAAUAUCAAACAAAACGGCAUGUAAAGUUUUUGAUAUUCUUAAAUCUGUUGGUGUCCCUACUGCCUUUGUUCGACAGGCAACCGAAACAGCGUUUGUAUCUCGAAAAUGCGAGAUGAUCCCUAUAGAAUGGGUCACCAGAAGACUGGCGACGGGUUCUUUCCUAAAAAGACACCCCGGAGUGAAAGAGGGCUACCGUUUUGCUCCAGUGAAACACGAAACUUUCUUUAAGGACGACGCCAAUCACGAUCCCCAAUGGUCAGAAGAACAAAUCAUUAGUGCGGAGUUUGAACUCAAUGGACUCAAAAUUGGUGAGAAAGAAGUCGAUUACAUGGCCAGAAUUUCAGUUCUAGUCUUCGAAAUUCUGGAGAAAGUAUGGCAAACCAGACAAUGUGCCUUGAUAGAUAUGAAAAUCGAAUUUGGAGUGGAUACAUCAGGAGAAUUAGUUGUUGCUGACGUCAUAGAUUCGGAUAGUUGGAGACUGUGGCCUUCAGGAGACAAGAGACUGAUGGUGGACAAGCAAGUAUACCGAAACCUGACCACUGUAACCGACAAAGAUCUCGAAACGGUCAAGCGAAACUUCGAAUGGGUUGUGGAUCAACUUGACCAUCUUUUACCUCCCAACGAUCAUUUGGUGGUUAUCGUUAUGGGCAGCCCAAGCGAUAAGGAUCACUGUAACAAAAUCAAAAAACACUGCCAAGACCUGGGUCUCAACGUGGAGAUUCGCGUGUCUUCGGCCCACAAGACCACAGAGGCAGCUUUGAAAAUAAUUAGUCAUUACGAAUCACUAAACGUAAAAAUCGUCUUUAUCGCUGUUGCCGGCAGAUCAAAUGGUUUGGGUCCUGUCAUAUCAGGAAACACAGACUUUCCAGUCAUCAAUUGUCCACCUUUGAGCAAAGAUGACGUGGAUAGAGAUGUCUGGUCGAGUCUCAAUGUGCCAAGUGGGCUGGGUUGUACAACUGCGAUCUAUGCAGAAACAGCAGCACUAGCUGCAGCUCAGUCGGUUGGUUUAACCAAUUACAUUGUUUGGUCGAAGUUAAGAGUGAAGAGAUUGAACAACUACAAAACAUUGCCGAAAUUCGACCAAGAAUUCAGAAAUAAGGAAUAAUUAGAAAUAAUCGUAUAAUUGUAUAUUUUUUUCAUGAUUUGUUACACAUUUACAAGUUUAUUAUUCGUAUUUUUAUUAAAAUAGAAAAAAUACA